AUGGUUGUCUCCUCUAUGCAGCAUCAUCCCCACCACUCGCAGGGUCCGGCGCCUCCCCAGCACCUUCAGCAUCCCCGACCCUCGAGUAUCGUCCACCAGCAGCAUCAUCAGGCGCCGCAACCACAGUCGCAACACCCCUCCGCGUACUCGUCUACCCACUCGAUACCGUCCGCCUACUCGCAGACCGGACACGCAGGCAGUGCUCAGCACGCGCAGGACCUGCCCUACUACGCUCACCAGAGCCCGUAUAGCACCCCGGGCACGACGAGCGGAUACACGUCCGCAGACACGUCCGAAAUGAUGGCCGCGGCUCAGAUGCCUCGACCGUACCCCCCGAUGUCCUACCAUACGCCGCAGUCUAACUCGCCGGCUUCAGUCGCGUCGCCGUCGGGUCACGAGCAGCACCGCGGCCUCUACGGCCCCCCUGCCUCUCAGCUCCAGCCGCAAUCGAUGUACUACGGCGCGCAACAGCCCCAAUACUCGUCUCUGCCGCCCCAGGCGCCGUCUCCGUACCAACCGCAUGCCCAGCAACCCCAUCAGCCCAUGACUUCGCAGCCGAACAUCAUGAUGUCCCACACGGGGCCGCAGCACCAGAUGACGCAGCACGCGAGCCAGCACGCGCAGGCGGGCAUGACGGGAAGCCCUCGGCACACCAAGAUGGAGCCCCAAUUACCCGCACAGCUGCAGCGCCCCGCCUCGGGGCCGCUGGGCACGCCUCAGCAGAACCAGAACGGCGGCCAAUUGUCUACGCCCACGGGGUCGUCGACGCCGGGCGUCAAUAACAAUGCCGCCCCGGGUCCGAUCCCGGCAACCACGCCGCUCGUGGUAAGGCAAGAUAACAACGGCGUUCAAUGGAUCGCCUUCGAGUAUUCCCGUGACAGGGUCAAGCUCGAGUACACGAUUCGCUGCGACGUCGAGUCCGUAAAUACGGACGAGCUCAGCAGCGACUUUAAGACGGAGAACUGCGUCUAUCCCAGAGCGUGCUGCCCCAAAGACCAAUACCGCGGCAACCGGCUGCAGUACGAGACGGAGUGCAAUACCGUCGGGUGGGCGCUGGCGCAGCUCAACCCGUGCCUCCGCGGCAAGCGAGGGCUCAUCCAAAGAGCGGUUGACAGCUGGCGCAACAGCAACCAAGAUCCCCGAUUGCGCAGUCGACGCGUCCGGCGGAUGGCCAAGAUGAACAAUCGCAAGGCGGUUCAGACCCCCCACUCCACGCACAUGUCCGGUCCCAGUGGCCCGGCAGGGAUGUCGACCCCUGGAGGCCUUGGCCCCGGCGCCGGUACACCCAUGGGGAAGCCUGGGAUGGGCAGCAUGGGUCCGCAGAUACAUCACCACCACGCCCACGAAGGAAGCGCUCAGGGUGGAGGAGACGAAGUCGCGGACGGAGAGUACGUGGAUGGAUCCCAUCAUCAUCACCAUCAAGCCCCCGCUGGUCCGGGUUCCGGGAACCCGGACGACGUUCGGCCAGCCCACGUCUUUACUGGGUACCCGCAGCAGUAUCCCGGUCAUUCCGUCGGCGGCUCUUCGAUGCCGCCGAUCAGUGACGGACUGGGCGGCUCUCACCACAGCGCGAUCGCUGCUCAGCGCCAGAGCCGGGACGACGAUAAGCACCCGGAAGGCCUCUUUCCCGACAUACCCGAGGCCAAGAAGCGGAAGUUCAUCCUCGUCGACGACGAUAAGCGCAAUUCCCGCCUGAGAGUGCGCGUCACGCUCGAGGAGGUGAACCCGAAGGAAAUCCCGGAUUCCUUCCGUAAGAGCUCCGCCGUGUUCCCGCGCAGCUAUUUCCCCCGCGAGAUGCAGAGCCCCCCGCCUAGCGCGACAGGUAGCCGGUUCUUCGAAGACGAUCUCAGCGACGACAACGUGGAAGUUGACAGCGGCCGAGCCGGCCGUGCUCGAAGGAAUAACGUCCGAGAGCGGGUCAUGGUGAAAGUGCCGAUGUCCGACAGAGACGAAGGGGAGAUCGCCAUCCCUAGACUCCGAAAGGGUACCCGCAUAAAGGAGGUGCGGCUCAACGAUCUGGCUUAUCGUAUGGCAUGGAUGCACAGCCGCGUCUUCGCGGGUAGGAGCGUCUUUUUGCAGCGAGCUCUGGACUGCUAUCGCAUCAAGACGUGCAAGGCUAUCGCCGACAUCACGCAGGAUGUGAGGACCAUGGCGCCUCACUACGAAACCCGAGUCGGCAAACGGAGGUGGGGUGAACGCAUGCGACGUGGCGAGAAACGCGAUGACGAGUCUUGA